AUGGCGGCGCUGUGGGUGUCCGGCGUUACCCGAAGAGGCGUCUCGUGGAUAGUCUCAGGGGCGCCGCGCAGAGAAUUUUGGUCUCGAUUCAGAAAAGAGAAGCCAGUUGUGGCUGAGAUAGAAGAGGUGAAGGAAGAACCUAUACUGGUGUGUCCACCCUUACGAAGCCGCACAUACGUACCACCUGAAGAUCUCCAGAGUCGUUUGGAAUCUCAUGUCAAAGAAAUUUUUGGCUCAUCUGUUACAAGCAAUUGGCAGGACGUCUCCCUGGAUGAUGGUCGUCUGAAGUUCAGUUUCUUGGCACGUUUAGCUGAUGACUUGGGCCAUGCAGUGCCUAACUCCAGGCUUUACCAGAUGUGCAGGGUCAGGGAUGUUCUUGAUUUCUAUAAUGUGCCUGUUCAGGAUAGAUCUAAAUUUGAUGAACUUAUGGCCAGUAAUUUGCCUCCCAAUUUGAAAAUCGCUUGGGGUUACUGAGCAAUUCGGAAGAGGAGCACAUUGAAGCCAUUUGUUUCCCUCUGAGCAAGGAGGCUUGUCAGACCUUUUGAUACUUUACUGUGUGAAAUGCUAUCAGACUGUUCUCAAAACCCACUAUUUCUCUGGGAGAAUGCAUUGUCUCUUUUUGUUCCCUCAUAUCAUGAAUUGACAAUAGGAUUUUCUUUUUUCACAUUUGCUGAAACUUUUUUGUUUUUUUAAUGGAAUCAGGUCAUUAAUAUUUUAUGAAAAUUUUCUUCUCUGGAAAACAUUGUAGUUAACUUGGAUUUAAGAUAUGAAGCCAUUACAUGUUCAGACGUGGUCUCUAUUCUUCAUAGGCAUAGAAGAGUAGAUGCAAGAGAAAGUUUUAAUCUUGUUAGGACUCUUAAAUCUAGGAUGGUAUUAUAUAUAGUACGUAUACAAAUAAGGAAACGUAGAUGAGAUAUUUUAAAAGAAACAUAAAAAUCUAUAUUGUGUGUUAUAGAAAGUUGUUUCACUGUUGGCUUUACCCCCAAGUAAAAAUAGUAGAAAACGGUACUGUUCAUUCUGGAUGAAUCUCUUUCAGAAUUAAAGUAGAUUUCUUGAA